UUAUAAAGUAUUUAACAGAAACAGAAAUAUUUCAAACCUCAGUUAAUUUUGUUGUUCUACUACGAAAAAAAUGAGGGUUUUCAUUGUUUUCGCAACAGCGCUUUUGGCAGUCAGUGCCCUUCCAGCUUAUGAACAGUGGACCACUUUUAAGGCCAAACAUGGAAAAUCAUAUGAAAAUAUCGGUGAAGAAAAAGUCCGCUUCCAAAUUUUUCAACAAAACAUACAAAAAAUUAAUGCACACAAUGCUCUCUAUGAAGCCGGAAUUAAAACUUACAGAAUGGGCGUCAACCAAUUCGCCGAUUUGACACAGAAGGAAUUUGGAGCACUGCUCAGAGUUCGAAACGGCCCAAGUCCCAAGCAGAACUUGACUCGUCAUGUCCAAAGUGGUACUGCUCCAGACUCUAUCGACUGGAGAGAGAAGAAUGCCGUUACUAGAAUCCAGAACCAAGGAGUAUGCGGAUCCUGCUGGGCUUUUAGUGUAGUUGGUGCCGUAGAAGGACAAAAUGCAAUCAAAUAUAAUAACUCAGCAGCUCUUAGUGUAGAACAAUUGGUUGACUGUGACCCCGGCGGCUAUGGUUGCUCUGGUAGUAUCAUGUCUCAUCGUUUUCAAUAUGUCAUCGACAAUGGUCUUAACACCGAUGAAGAAUAUCCAUACGUAGGCAGCUUUUUCAACGUAACAUGCAAAGCCAAGAGCCCUUAUGUUGUUAAAGUUAAGGAAGCCGUAGUUGUUGAUGCUACCGAAUCUGCCCUUAAAGAUGCUGUUGGUACCGUUGGACCAGUCUCCGUAAUUAUAUUGGCUGAACCCAUGCAACAUUACAAGGAUGGUAUCUUUGAGAGUGAUGAGUGCAUAGUCCAAUCCGGUGAUCAUGACCACGGUAUCUUGGUUGUAGGCUAUGGAACAGAGAACGGCAAGAAAUUCUGGAUCUUAAAAAACAGCUGGGGAACUAGCUGGGGUGAGGAUGGUUACUUCAGAUUAGCUAGAGACGCCAACAACCAAUGUGGUGUUGCCUACCACGGAUCUUAUCCAAUUUUGGUUUGAGUUAUAAACUACAUUUUUGCUUUUUGGAAAGUAAAACACCUGAUAAAUACAUUAUUCAUAGUUUACUUUUGCUUUCUUUUUUACACAAAUUUAUUAGAUUCG